AUGGAAUUCAAGAGAAGUUUCAGAACCAACACGACAGAUACACAAUGCGUUUAUCCAAAAGUCCAUUCCUGGUCGCUGGAUGGAAGUGGAGAUUGUUGUUCGUGGGACGGCGUCGAAUGUGAUGAAGUCACUGGCCGAGUGAUCGCCCUCGACCUUAGUAGUAGUUGUCUCUCAGGCACCAUGAGUCCCAACACCACUCUCUUUCGACUUGUUCACGUGAAGUCACUCAAUCUCGCUUUUAACAGCUUCAACUUCUCCUCAAUUCCGUACGGCUUCAGCAAUCUUUCAAAGUUACAAUACCUUAAUCUCUCCUCCUCCAAAUUUUCCGGUGAAAUCCCUAGGGAUAUCUCACAACUCUCCAAGUUAGUUUCUCUCGAUUUGUCCACUUCUUCAUAUGAGACACUUCAUAUGCCCAACAUGGGCGAUUUCGUUCAUAACUUGACUGGGUUAAAAGAACUUGAUCUUUCUCUUCUAUCGGAGCUAUGGCUAUCUUCCAAUAACUUGAGCGGUGAUUCUUUGGAGUGGGUGGUCAACUUGACAAAACUUACCACCUUGAGCAUUUCAGGUAAUCGGUUAAGCUGUGGAUUUCCAUCUUCAUUUGAGAACCUGAAGGAUCUUAAAUUCCUUUAUCUGAGGUCACUUAAUCUCAAAGGCGUUCUCGAUAUAAAUAAUCUAUUCUCACUCAAGAACUUAGAAGUCUUAGAUUUGUCCUUCAACAAUAUAUCAUUCACCAAGACAUUUGUCAAUGCCACUACAUUGAAGCACUUAUACUUGGAUUCAUGCAACUUGACCGAGUUCCCACAGUUUAUAGGCUACUUAAGCAAAUUGGCGAUGUUAAUCCUAUCACACAAUAGAAUUCGAGGGAUCAUUCCUAGAUGGAUGUGGAACAAUAGCAAAGAAUCUCUCGAGUAUAUAGAUCUUUCUGACAAUCUUUUAUCCGGCUUCGAAAACAACCAGACCAAUCUUCCUUUACCAAACUUGAGCUAUCUUGACAUUAGUUCUAACUCGCUAGAAACAACCCUCCCCGUCCCACCUUCCUUGGUCAUGGUAUACAACAUCUCCAACAAUUUCCUAUAUGGGGAAGUUCCAACAUCCAUUUGUGAAGCGAGAUCUCUUACCGUGCUCGAUUUGUCCAACAAUGCUCUAAAUGGCACACUUCCUCCUUGUUUGGGAAGUAUUCGUCCUUUGAUUUUAUUGAAUCUUACGAGAAAUAAAUUCGAUGGCAUGAUUCCUCAUGUUUACCCAAAUGGUUGUGCAUUGAGGAUGAUUGACCUUAGAGAAAACCAACUAAGUGGGAUUGUUCCGAGAUCUUUAGGAAAUUGCGGAAUGCUGGAGUAUUUGAAUCUUGGUGACAACCAAAUUAAUGAUACAUUCCCAUUUUGGCUAUCGAAAUUGGCCUACCUAAAAGUAAUUGGCUUGCGGUCCAAUAAUUUCCAUGGUCCCAUAGAAUCUCAUCUAAGCCAGCUGAACUUCACCAAUUUACACAUCCUGGACAUCUCCAGCAACAACUUCAAUGGUAAAUUUCCUUCCAACUUGUUGAAGAGUUGCCAUGCCAUGAAGGUCACGGUUGGUCAAGAUAAGUUGGUAUAUUUGAACGUUAAUAAAGAUUUUCAAGGGACUAAUGUUACAUUCAGCAUAAGUAAGACUUAUGCGAUGAAAUUGAUGAAUAAGGGCAUGGAAAGGGAAUACACGAAGAUUCUAGAUGUCCUCAUGGCAAUUGACCUCUCCAAUAACAAGUUUGAAGGGUUCAUUCCUGAACUCAUUGGAAAUCUGAAAUUACUUCGCAUGCUCAACCUUUCAAACAACCUCCUCAUCGGUAGCAUCCCUCCUUCCUUGGCCAACUUGACAGUGCUCGAAUCACUAGAUCUUUCUAGGAACAAUCUUGUAGGAGAGAUUCCUCAACAACUAGCCCGCCUCACAUUUCUUUCGGAUUUCGUUGUCUCUCACAAUCAUCUAUCAGGACCAAUACCACGUGGAACACAAUUUGAUACGUUUGCGAGCAGUUCAUUUGUGAUGAAUGAUGGUUUGUGUGGAAGUCCCUUGCCAAAUAAAUGCACAAAUGGUGAGAACGCUCCACCACCACCAUCAUAUUUCAAAGUGGAUGAUGAAGAAGAGUGUCUAUUUGACUUGGAUUGGAGAAUGGUGCUGGUUGGCGCUGGAGUCGGGUUUUUGGUCGGUAUUGUGCUAGAGAACUUGAUCAUUGACGAGAAGGGUACGUGGUUUUUGGACUACUCCAAGAAAAUGGAUCUGAAUGAGCAGGGGGAGGGGAAGUCCCCAUCUCCAUCCUCGUUCUACCCUUGUGGAGUGCGGGGCAAGGACCCAGAUGAGGAGCCUAAGGAAGAGGAAUCUGACGAGGAGAUCCCUGAUGAGGAACUCGAAGAGGAGUACGUGGAGGAGAACCCCGAGGAUGACCCCGAGUACGACCCAGAUGAGGACUGA